UCGAAAAUCAAUAUUUUUAUUCUGUGUUGCCGACGGCUGAGCUCGUUGCUUGCAGACUGCGGUUAUCCAUAAUCCCGCUAUUUAUAUUGAAAAUCAGGACUUCCCUGAAAGCCAAAAGCGAUACCUUUGUUUCUUUACAAUAAUUAAAAAAUAGCCAACAAAAUUGCUUCCACAAUGACUGUAACGCGGGUUGCGGAGUCCCGCACCGAGUUCAAAUUGAAGAGUUUACCAGAGGACGCGAUUUCGAGUGUUAAAUUUGCCCCGAAAUCCAACCAGUUUCUACUGGUGUCCUCUUGGGACAGUACCGUGAGGCUGUACGAUGUUACUUCGAACACGGAGCGUCAUAAGUACAACCACGAGCUGCCCGUCCUGGAUGUCUGUUUUAGGGAUGCUGUACACACCUACUCGGGUGGGUUAGACCAGACUCUCAAGAUGUAUGACUUGAAUGCAAGUGUGGAGACUGUUCUUGGUGAGCACAAAGGAGCCAUCCGUUGUGUGGAGUAUGCUCUCGAGGUGAAUGCGGUCAUCACCGGCAGCUGGGACGGAACCGUCAAGAUGUGGGAUGGACGUGUCCCUAACUGUGUUGGGACUUAUAACCAAGGAAAUGAAAGGGUAUAUACAAUGAGCAUAGUAGGAGAGAAGUUUGUAGUUGGUACAUCUGGUCGGAAGAUAUUCGUGUGGGAUGUAAGGAACAUGGGUCAUGUGAACCAGAGAAGGGAGUCCUCACUGAAGUACCAAACCCGGUGCAUCCGCGUGUUCCCCAACAAGCAGGGCUACGUCCUAAGCUCUAUCGAGGGCCGAGUCGCCGUGGAGUAUUUGGAUAGCAAUCCAGAGGUGCAGAAGAAAAAGUAUGCAUUUAAAUGUCAUCGGAUUAAAGAUGGAGGUCUAGAAAAGAUCUAUCCAGUAAACGCGAUAAGCUUCCACUCGGUGUACAACACGUUCGCGACGGGCGGCUCGGACGGCUACGUGAACAUCUGGGACGGUUUCAACAAGAAGCGUCUCUGCCAGUUCCACCGCUACAACACGGCCGUCUCCUCCCUCAGCUUCUCCCACGACGGCUCCGCACUCGCCAUCGCCUGCUCCCAACUCGACGAAAGCCAAAUUGAAGACCCCAAACCCGAGGACACCAUCUACAUAAGAUAUGUGACAGACCAAGAAACCAAACCCAAAUGAAAAGGAACCUACAACCGGUCGAUCUGCUGAGGUUAUGGCUGUUAACUGUGGAGUGCAGUUCGAUUUUUGAACUAUAAAACAUAUUUACAGCUGACGUAAAGUAGCAUUUUCGACUUGUAUUCUCUAGUAUUUAAUAAUUCCAAUUGUGCCCUGUUUAAUCUUUUUAUACGUGUAAUGUAAUCUUGUAGUGAUUGUCAUAAUCUUGUCAACCUGUUUUAGGCAAAACCUAACAGGUGAAAUUACUGUAAUUCGACUUUUCGUCAAAAAGUCGCCGGGACUGGUAUCGACCUAGAUAUUUAGUAACCUAUACUCUUCAAUGUUAUAUUUAAGAAUGUAAACCCAGGAAAUGUACUAGAAAUAUUGGCUGAUUAAAUACUGACUUCAUUUGACAAAAUACCUUUCGAAGCCAUAACUAAGUACGGAUCACCACAUCGCAUGAGAUCUUGUGAAUGAACUUAAUGAGUUCUAUUAGAAUAAAUUUUAGUUGUAAGCAAUUAAUAAACAAUAAUUAAGUCAUA